CAGAGAAACUGUAUAAUGACUUCAUCCUUCGGUUUGGUUUCCCUGCUCAUAUACUACAUGAUCAAGGUAGAGAAUUUGAAAACAAUAUAUUCCAUCAGUUAGAAAAGCUCACUGGAAUUCGUCGACGUCGAACAACACCUUACCAUCCUCAGGCCAACGGCAAGGCUGAACGAUUCAAUCGAACGUUACUGGCUAUGUUAAGGACUUUACCAGAAAAUCAGAAAAGCAAAUGGCUUAUGUCGGUAAAUAAUGUCGUUCAUGCAUACAGUUGCACAGUGAAGAGUGCUACCGGGUUCUCGCCAUUCUUUUUACUAUUCGGCCGCCCUCCACGGUUACCAAUAGAUCUCCUCUUCGGACUAUCACCUACUACAACCACUGGAAACCACACACAGUAUGUGAAACGAUGGAAGGGAGCAAUGAAAGAAGCUUAUGCGAAGGCGACGGAAAACAGCAGAAAGUCUGCAGAAAUAGGGAAGAAGCACUACGACAAGAAGAUUCGUUAUACAGAAUUAAAGCCUGCAGGAGACCGAGUCCUGGUACGAAAUCUCUCUGAACGUGGUGGGCCUGGGAAACUCCGGUCCCACUGGGAAGAUCAGAUUCACGUGGUGGUGGAAAGGAAAGGAAAGGAGAAAUGCCAGUAUUCGUGGUUAAACCUGAGGGCCUAG